AUGAUGGCAGAAUCUCUGCCAUUCUCUGGCUCUGUUGGCCCCUUGUCAGGGCUAGAGCUAGAUGCCUGGUAUGAGGACCUACAAGACAUCCUGUUCUCUGAAACCAAGAAUACAGGGGUUCUCCAAACUGAUGCAGACAAGCAGGGCAUGCAGGUUGAAGAACUGGACAGUUCAAGUUAUCUUUGGACACUGGACUCUGUUAAUUCUUCUUUACCUGUCAGUUUCACAGAAGAGGAUGUAAUUGCCUUGGAAGCUGUUGUAGACCAGUUCCCUUCUGAGGUGCUGGAAUUCUUAAACCAGGGAUCACAAAAUAACUUUGAUAUUCCAUCUGCCUCUUCUGAGGAGGUUACUGACAUCCAACAUAAUGGAGCUGUAGAGGUGGACUCGAGCUGCAGCAGCCCUCCAUCUCAAACCCAUACAGAAGAUGAGGAAUCUAGUGGCAGCCAAUCGGGAACAAAAAGGAAAAGGAAUUCCCAGCCAAGAGGAGGCAAGGUCCGUACUAAGGAAAAGGAGCAAGAGAACGAGAAGAAAGUUUCCUAUCUAAUGGCAGAGAAUGAGCGUCUAAAAGGGGAGAUUGAGCGUCUCGGUUUGGAAGUAGAGAAGACCCGAAAGUCUCUCAUAGAAAGAAUGGUGACUCUUAAGAAGGUUUGA